AACAGCUGUCACAGAACAGUGCCCUGCAGUGCCACCCAACAGUGCCCAGCAGUGCCUCCCAACAGUGCCCAGCAGUACCACCUAUCAGUGCCACCCAUCAGUGCUGCCCAGCAGUUGUGCCCAGCUCUGCAACCCAUCAGUGCCACCCAUGAGUGCCUAGCAGUGCCGCCAGUCAGUGCCAUCAGUCAGUGCUGCCAGUCAGGGCUGUCAGUCAGUGCCACCUGUCAGUGUCACCCAUCAGUGCCCAUCAGUGCCGCAUAUCAGUGCCCAUCAGUG